AUGAUACAAUCUGCCCCGACUAAAAUACUCAUAGGAAUCUCAUUCGAUCAAGAACGGAGCAUGGAGCUUCUGUCAUCUGCAAUCUGUAAUUUGGCUCGUCCGAACGACACUGUCGUAGCCCUGCAUGUUCUUGUGGCGCAAACAACGAAGAAACACACAGACAAAAGGGGUGUUUCGAAAUCCAUCAACAGAUAUCGAACGCGAAUAAGGAAAGCAAAAGCUUUUGUUAUAUCUGUCACGGGGGAAUUCGCAAACGUUUGCCGUGCCAAACAAGUGAAGUUGGAGGCAAGAGUUGGGUUUAGCUCUAGUGUUGGGAAAGGACUUGUUGAAGAAGCCAAAAAUAUGUCAUCUAGGUAUCUUCUCAUUUCAAGCAAAAGCAACGACUCAAAUCGUUUUGCUUUCAUGAUUAGGGUCCAUCAAACACAAAAAUACUGCCUUGAUAAUUCACCCAAAUCAUGCUCGAUAGUUUUGGUUCAGAAAUCGGAUAUGAAAAAACAAGAUUUUCAUUCUGGCAACAUCAACGAAGAAGAUUUCUCAAACAAGAAGAGUGAGCAGCGUUCGCCUAGAAACGUGCUGGAUUUAUCUGAACGCGACUAUCAUAGCACAGAAGAAGACAGUUCUAGCUUUGAGGGAUCAAGCAUAAUGGAAUCACCUCCGCCUCUGGUGGCUCGGAAGUCAAAAGGGCAAUCUUCUUUCAGAAAGCAUAUAUCAUCGUUGAAACGCAUUUCAUCUUUCUUACGCUCUCCAUUUGAACCAGACACUAGGAAAGCGGACAUGAAGCUUCCAAUCAAAGAACAACAACAAACUUUGUUGAAGUGCUUGAGUUACGAAGAGCUCGCCAAAGCAACAAAUAAUUUCCAUCCAGAUAAUAUAGUCGGGAUCGGAGGCUACUCGGAGGUGUACAAAGGUGAUCUAGAAAAUGGACAAGUCAUUGCGGUGAAAAAGCUUGCCAAGGACAACAAAGAUCAAAAUAAGGAGAAAGAGUUCCUAAUGGAGUUAGGCAUUCUUGGACAUAUUAACCAUCCCAACACUGCGAGCUUAGUAGGUUGCUGUGUUGAAAAUGGACUCUAUCUCAUCUUUAACUACUACCCUAACGGAACUCUCUCCUCGGCGCUACAUGGAAAAACCGGCAAGCAUAUCGAGUGGCCUGAAAGAUAUAAAAUUGCUGUUGGGAUUGCUAGAGGUUUACAUUAUCUUCACACAUGUUGCAAGCAUCGGAUUAUACACCGUGAUAUAAAAGCAUCAAAUGUUCUUCUAGGUCCAGAUUUCGAACCCCAGAUUUCAGACUUUGGUCUGGCCAAAUGGCUUCCCAGCAAAUGGACACACCAUGCCGUAAUUCCCAUUGAAGGGACUUUCGGAUACUUAGCUCCAGAAUACUUUAUGCACGGGAUUGUUGAUGAAAAAACAGAUGUUUUUGCUUUUGGAGUUCUUCUUUUGGAGAUAAUAACAGGCCGAAUGCCUGUCGAUUCAGACAAACAGAACCUUGUGUUGUGGGCGAAGCCACUUAUGGACUCUAGAGACAUCUGCCGACUAAUUGAUCCUGAUCUAGAAGGUGAAUACGACUCCGAUCAACUGUAUAGACUAGUACUCACAUCUUCAUAUUGUGUACAACAAUCUUCUGAUUGGCGACCUUCCAUGACCGAGGUGUUGGAAGUUCUACAACAUGGAGAUGACUCAGAAUUUGCAAAGAGUUGGAGAAUACCAGAAUUUACACAAGAGGAGAAUGAAAUGGAUGAUUAUUCCAUGAUUUUUGGGUACGACGUUCCAUCGGAUAUAAGUUUAGACGACAUUUAG